AUGGACUCUGAUCCUGGUGCAAACCAUUCUGAGGCCACUUCGGAACCAGAAUCUGCGCUUCCCUCAAUCGCGGAUCUUUCUACAAGUUCAAGUGGCCAGAAACGUAGCGCAUCCCCGACCAGCAGUGAGCCGUCAAAACGUGCAAAGACUGACGGGGAUUCCACGGGACCAAGCGGUGACAACCAGCAGCAGGAGAACGGGAAUGAUGCAUCUGAAGUCGAUAUAGCCUGCCAAGCUGAAGAGAUCGCAGAGGUCAUUAACUCUGUCAACAGCGACUCGGAAGAUUCCCCUAGAAUCCCUCUUCCGUAUGGGUUCCCACCUAUUUCCCCCGUUGAGAUGCAGGAACUUAGGGAGUGGCUAGCAAGUCAUGCCAACGUCAAAACCGACAAUCAGGUUGCCAGUGGUAUCCAUGCACAACUCCUGAAGUCGAUGGAACCAAGGCAGCAAGGCCUGGAAGCAAUUUGUCGCAUGGUAGGCGUUGAUACCAAUGGUAUUGAUUGGAAGACCGGCAUUCACAUUCCGGCGGUGAUGGAACACGGGUUGAAAGCAAGACCUCAUCAAAUUGCUGGUGCCAACUGGAUUUCGACCACUCUCGAAUCACCUCUUCGCGCUGCGCUACUAGCGGAUGAGUGUGGUACUGGCAAAACAGUUCAGAUUGGCCUUGCGCUGGCCAUCCACUAUUAUAGAAUCAAGGCAGAAGUUGAAGCUGGGACGUUCAGACCUCGUGAUGAAAAGCGGUGGUUCAAGCCGAGUAUCAUCUUUUGUCCACCGGAGCUCGCCUAUCAGAGCUUUCGAGAAUGGUCAUAUUGGUUCCCGAAUUUCUUUGACAUCCGUAUCUGUCAUCGCACAGAAUCCCAGACUGCUGAUGAGUUUAUUAAAUGUCAUAUCAUGGAUCAAAAGGAUGGUCUGCAGUCGUGGGUCGAUGAUAGUGCAGCGUUGCAUGAUGACAUCGAGACCCUUCGCAGAAUCGUGAUCAUUCCUUAUCAUACGGCCGUGAGCCGCAUGAUCUCCCACGAAAAGAGUGAAGUUGCAAGCCAGGCGCGAGUGCAACUACGUCUAACACCGAAGCGAAAGAGAAACAACAAGGUCGAAAAAGAAGAGAUCGAGUUCGCAAUUAAGGGUCAAAGCUACAACUGGGUCGUUUGUGAUGACGUAUACGCCAUUCGGGGACCUCGUCCCAAAACACACCAGUUGAUCAACCAGUUGGAACAUGAAGCGAUACUGUGGCCGUUCGUUUUCGGCCCUGACUGCACUGGUAUCCGCGCACGGCUGUAUUUCAACAAGAAAGCUUGGCAGGCUCUACAAGACGGCAGGCAGUAUAAGGGCCUCACUAUGGAUCACAUUAUCCAAUCGAGACGUUCAAUUGGCCCGUUGACCUCCCGCGACCAAACCAUGAGGGACGAGUACGCCACGUAUAUCCAGGAGAAGAAGGGUCCCUUGUUCCUGAUGAAUCCCGACCUCUUUCAGAGGUUCUGCGAAGAAAUCAAGUUCGAAAAGCCUGAGAUUGCACGAGAGGCCAUUCGACCUCUGCUGGAACUGUUCUGUCUUCGUCGUGGAAUGUUGACCCCUGCGACCAUGCCUGACGGAACAACCGUGGUGCCAGGCGACGCUAUCCCCCAGAUGAACAUCAGAACCGUCAAUCUUCAGCCCUAUGACGACGAGGAUAAGGAUGAUUUGUACAAGAUCGUGAAAAACCACUACGCCUUUCUGUUUAACGACUCUCACGACGUCGACAAGCAGAUUGGACACGGUACUGUCGACAAAGCCAAGAAUACGUGGCCGAAUCCGACCAUCGUUCGAACGCUUGCUUUAUCGACUACCAACAUCGAAUUCUACCCUCUUACGCAGAAACCCGAUGGGGAUAGGAAAAAAGCCCCCCUCAAUUCGGAACUAGGCCAGAAGGUGAUGAAGAACCGACCUUGCUUAGACAGAUUGAAGUCCUUCAGCCUCUCCGGAGCGAGGACAGCCACUAUCGAUACUGGUGAUUCCGAGGAGAUCGAGAAGAUCUUGGAGAAAGAUGGGGUUGGUGGAUUACUAUUGUAUCUCAAUGAGAUACGGGGAAAUCAUGAUGUCGAAUUCCCUGAGACUCGCGAAGACAUCCUCAAAACAUUCUGUUCACGAAGUCCCAAGCUUUGUUGGACCAUCAAUCGCGUUCUCGAGCUGAAGGAACAAGGAAAUCGCGUGCUGGUUUUUGUGGACCAUCCUCUGACUUCACUGAUCCUGACGGCCUUGCUUACUAGCCUCUGCGUGGAGACUCUUAACAUCAGAAGCACACACGAUGUUGACCAACGUGCCUACAUGGUUCGUCAGUUCAAUGAUCCAGAAAACCGAGUCGACGCACUGGUUGUCUCCUUUCAACUAGAUGGAUUCGGCCUAAACCUCCAAGGAGCCUGCCAUCAUGGCAUCGUCAUGGAAUAUCCCAAAAACCUCCCUACUAUGCUUCAUGGCUUCGGCCGACUUUGGAGAAUGGGGCAGGAACAUGAAGUCCACUGGGAUGUUCUCUACCUAGAGAAUUCAUUUGAUGGCUGGGUUGAAACGUGGAUGGCGUCGAGAUAUGCCGACAUCCUUGCAGCAGAGGGAGAAAUCCCAGACGCGAUUGAGGGAGAGCACCGGGUGAUGUGCGGAUUUGAACUCAUCAAACAGUACCUCGGGCAAGACAGCAAUCGAUACCCCAGAACUCGGGUGACUUGGUCCGAACAAGAUCACCCCCUGGUGGCUCGAGAGGGUCACUUCUACUCUGCGCUGGCGAAAUAUCUCAUGCAGAAUCCGUUGCAUAUGGAUAAGAUUCACAUCAGGCCCCUGAGCCUUAUUGCCCGUCGCUGGAGUCCGGAGCAAGGAGAUUUGACUCUAGACAUGAUCGAGGGGAGAUCGCCCAUUUUAGCGGACGGAGUUGUCUUGGAUUCGCGGAAUCCUCACACACCUGGCUACGUAGCGGCUGGCCUUUCGCGGAACGAUGCACAAGCUAGGGAACAGCAGUCGAACUUGAGGGUCGAUCGUUUCCGAUUGAACAUGGAACGGAAGCGACGUCUUUGAAGUGGAGGAACAUCGGGGCAUGAAUAGCAAUUUCUGGUAUGAAGUUGCAUGGAACGAUGGAACUUGUCAUUUUCAUCACGGACCCUCGGAAAUAGUACUCUGGAAACAUAAGUCCAAAGGGGGGUAGUCGCGACAUGGUGAAUCUGGGGUUUUCUGGGCUGAUGGCUGUAGCAUAACAGCUCAUGUAUCAAACUGUUGAGAUUAGCUCAAAUUCUUGACAUUCCAG